AUGUCCCGGAGACGUCACAGCGACGACAGCGAUGGAGGACAGCCUCAUAAAAGGAGGAGAUCGGAGCCCAUUGAGAUUGAAGACAGACUGGAGUCACUCAUAUGUCGCGUGGGCGAGAAGAGCACUUCCUCUCUGGAGAGUAACCUGGAGGGCCUGGCAGGUGUGCUGGAGGCUGACCUUCCCAACUAUAAGAGCAAGAUUCUGCGUAUCCUGUGCUCAGUGGCCCGACUGCUGCCCGAGAAACUCACUGUAUACUCCACGCUGGUCGGACUGCUUAACGCCCGCAACUACAACUUUGGUGGAGAGUUUGUGGAGGCCAUGAUUCGACAGCUCAAAGAGACACUCAAGAACAACCUGUACAACGAGGCAGUUUACCUGGUGCGCUUCUUGUCGGAUCUGGUGAACUGCCAUGUGAUCGCUGCGCCGUCCAUGGUGGCCAUGUUUGAAAACUUUGUCAGUGUUACUCAGGAAGAAGAUGUGCCUCAGGUGCGCUCGGACUGGUUCGUGUACGUGGUGCUGUCCUGUCUCCCCUGGGUGGGAAAAGAGCUGUACGAGAAGAAGGAUGCCGAGGUGGACCGUCUGCUCAGUCAGAUCGAAGGAUACCUCAAGAGGCGAGUGAAGACACACGUACCCAUGCUCCAGGUGUGGUCCGCAGACAAGCCCCACCCACAGGAAGAGUACCUUGACUGCCUGUGGGCUCAGAUCCAGAAGCUGAAGAAAGACCGCUGGCAGGAGCGUCACAUCCUUCGUCCGUACAUCGCCUUUGACAGUGUGCUGUGUGAGGCUCUACAACACAACCUGCCUCCCUUCACCCCCCCAGGACACAUGCCUGACGCCCGCUACCCCAUGCCCCGUGUCAUCUUUCGCAUGUUCGACUACACAGAUGCCCCAGAGGGUCCUGUGAUGCCGGGGAGUCACUCUGUCGAGAGGUUUGUCAUAGAGGAGAACAUCAACUGUAUCAUUAAGACCCACUGGAAAGAGCGCAAAACAUGUGCAGCACAGUUACUCAGCUAUCCGGGAAAAAGCAAAAUCCCUCUCAACUACCACAUUGUUGAGGUGGUCUUUGGACAACUGUUCCAGCUUCCUGCCCCUCCACACAUUGAUGUCAUGUACACCACACUGCUCAUCGAGUUGUGCAAGCUACAGCCAGGAUCACUUCCACAAGUUCUGGCCCAGGCCACAGAGAUGCUGUACAUGCGGCUAGACACCAUGAACACCUCGUGUAUAGACAAACUCAUCAACUGGUUUGCGCACCAUCUCAGCAACUUCCAGUUCCGCUGGAGCUGGGACGACUGGGCCGACUGUCUGUCAGUGGACCGUGAGAUGCCCAAGCCAAAGUUUGUCAAAGAGGUCCUGGAAAAAAGCAUGAGACUUUCGUACCAUCAGCGCAUCGUGGACAUCGUGCCCGCUACCUUCUCCACACUUAUCCCAGCAGAGCCCCUGUUCAUUUACAAGUACACUGAAGAGACCGGCUCCUUGUUGCCGGGUUACCCUAUGGCCAUUACUGUGCAAAACGCCAUCAAGAACAAAGCCACCAACGAGGAGAUCCUCAUCAUCCUCAAGGAGGUGUGCCAUCCAAAUCAGGACGACGACGACGAUGAGGCGGAGAGCUUCAACCCGCUGAAGAUCGACGUGUUUCUGCAGACGUUGCUCCACAUGGCAGCCAAGUCCUGCAGCCACUCCUUCAGCGCCCUGGGAAAGUUCCAUGAGAUCCUGAAGGCCCUGACGGAGAGUGAUGAGGGGAAGCUGCACAUUCUCAAAGUGGUGUAUGACGUGUGGAAAAACCACCCUCAGAUGAUCGCUGUUCUGGUGGAUAAAAUGAUCCGGACCCAGAUUGUGGACUGUGCUGCUGUGGCCAACUGGCUCUUUUCCCAGGACAUGGCCCAUGAGUUUACCAGGCUGUACAUUUGGGAGAUCCUCCACUCCACCAUCCGCAAGAUGAACAAGCAUGUGCAGAAGAUUCAGAAAGAGCUGGAGGAGGCAAAGGACAAACUAGAGAAGCAGCAGCACAAGAAGCGGGACAGUGGAGACGAUGAGGAUAUGGAACGCGGCAGUGAGGACGAGGAGGCCCAGCUGGAGGAGCAGAUCGAGAGGCUCCAGGAGAAGGUGGAGUCGGCCCAGAGCGAGCAGAAAAACCUCUUCCUCGUCAUCUUCCAGAGGUUCAUCAUGCUGCUGACUGAGCACCUGGUGCGCUGUGAGACGGGCAGUGUGGACGUCAGCACGCACUGGUACAAGAAUUGUAUCGACCGACUGCAGCAGAUCUUCCUCAUGCAUCAUCAGACCAUCCAGCAGUACAUGGGCACCCUGGAGAACCUGCUCUUCACAGCUGAGCUUGACCCCCACAUCCUGGCAGUGUACCAGCAGUUCUGUGCCCUGCAGCUUGUGUUCUCUGCAUUUUCACUCUGGUAA